AUGGCCCAAGGACAAAUCAAAAAAGCAUCAAAGCCCCCCUCGACGAAACUCUCCAACUCUGGAGGAAUCACCAGGAAAGGCUCGCGGACCAUCACACCCAAAAAGGCGAAGUUGUUGAAGCAAGCCAAGUUGAACAAAAAGUACACCGCGGGGCUUACUGCAAAGACAGAGGCGAUGUUGGGUGCGCGUGCAGGACAUUUGGAGAUGCUGGGACAAGCGAAGAAGAAGGACGGCGCAGGUGCAGCCAACAGCAAGGGAAAGGAGGGCAAGAGGGGCGGAAAGAAGGCUUGA